UUAUUAGUUCUGAAUUGGUGGCUUGGUGCAUGAUUUGAGCUUUUUGAAUUCCCAGAGCUAACAAAACUCAGGAACUUAACUGCAAACAUGGAAGGUGAGAUCUUUGUCGUGACAGGUCAUGGCCAUGGCCAUCUCCAUCCCUGCAUCCAGCUCUGCUACCGUCUCGCUAAACGGAAUUUCCAUACCACUCUGGUUAUCUCUUCCUCUCUCUCCUCAGCCAUUCCUUCCUCUUUCAUCCGAAACCCCCUUGCCUGCGUUCUUCCUAUUGCUCCCUCUGGCCCUCUCAGCCCGCAGUCUGCCCACGACCUCCACGCACACCUCGCUAACAGGUGCCAUAUUUCAGAUUCGCCUCGGCCUCUCUGCGCUGUUGUUGACUUCCAAAUGGGAUGGACAAAAGUAGCAUUUUGGAAAUUUGGUAUUCCUGUGAUAAGCCUGUUUACUUUUGGCGCGUGUGCUGCCGCCAUGGAGUGGGGAGCUUGGAAGGUCCAAGCUGGAGACCUUCUGCCCAGUGAAGCCCGUUUAGUCCCUGGAUUACCUCAAGAGAUGGCGAUUACUGAUUCCGAUCUUAAAAGAAAAGUGUUUAUGCCUGCAGGCAAGGGUAGACGGGGUGCACCUAGGCCCGGCGACCGGCCUCCAUGGGUCCCUGAAAUUGAAGGCUCAAUCGGCUUGAUUUUUAACACGUGCGAUGACAUUGACGGUCUGUUUAUCAAAUACAUGGAGGAUCAGACGGGCCUUCCGGCUUGGGGUGUAGGCCCACUCUUGCCGGAAAUAUAUUGGGGUUCAACAUCGUCGGAUUCUAUUCGCGACGGUGUAAUUGGGGAUCAUAAACGGGAAUCCAAUUUUACGGAGGAUGAGGUGUUCCGAUGGUUAGAGUCGAAGCCACGUGGAUCAGUACUGUACGUCGCUUUUGGCAGCGAGGUGGGUCCUACUAUGGAGGAAUAUCAACAAUUGGCCAGCGGAUUAGAAGAGUCGACCCGCCCAUUUAUAUGGGUCAUACAAACGGGAAAAGGCUAUGAUAGCUGUGGGUUAGACUUGGAGACGCGGGCGGGAGAUCGAGGUUUGAUAAUAUAUGGAUGGGCACCACAACUGCUUAUACUGGGCCACAGGUCAGCGGGCGGAUUUCUAUCACAUUGCGGGUGGAAUUCCACUAUGGAGGCAAUUGGGGUCGGAGUGCCCAUCUUGGCUUGGCCCAUUAGAGGAGACCAAUACUAUAAUGCUAAGUUGAUAGUCAGUUAUCUGAAGGUAGGGUAUAGGGUCGCUGAUGAUUUAGCAGAAAUGGUCAACAAAGAUGACAUAGUGAAAGGAAUUGAAAAGAUAAUGGAAGAUAAAGAGAUGCAUGAGAGGGUUUUGCUUAUCAAGGCAAAAUUGAAAGAUGAUGGUUUUCCACCAAGUUCUGAAGCUGCAUUGGAUGCUUUCAGGGAAUUCAUCAUCAAUCCAACAAGCAAUUAAUUACUUUCCAAAAGUACUGUCCUUUCUUUAUGUAAAAUUAACAAUGGAUUGUGCUCUACCUGUUGCUUAUAUUCUUUAUAUUCAAUCUGCGUAGGCUCCAGACUGUUCUUAUAUUUGAAGUUAAGUAUGGGACUAUUGUAAAUAGUUAGUUCGGCCUUGACAGACCAAACCGAUCAAAGUCAAUAAAACUGAAAUUUUUUAACACCUAAA